ACACUUCACCAAGCCACUGUCCAGUGAAUCAAACAGCCCCGCGCCUCAGCUGUUAUUUCGCCCGAUUUCUGCCGUUCGCGCCUAUCCACUUCCGGACGCCGCCAUCCUUCUCUCCGGCCCGCCGAGCUGAAAAGCGCGCCUCUCGCAGUCUCGCGAGAACGUGGCUACUUCGCGCUUGAACCCCAAUAGGCGCGCGGGAUGGCGGCGCUCUUUGAGUACCUGAUUAUGACGAAGCUGAUGAGGAGUCGGCACAGGGAGACACCAGAGGAUGGAGACUUGCAGCUUCUUUGGGGGAGCACCGAGCGAUGGGAGCAGCAAGAACCACAGUGCUCACCUCUGGAUGGGCCACUCUGCCGCUGCCGCCUCUGUGAAACUGGAAAUGCUGGCCAGCAAGCCGUUCAGAGCCAUGGACCUGCUGGGCACUGGCCUUAUGGCACUCAUUGGGAUCGUUGCCAUCCUGGCUAACCUGGCUGUGGUGAUCGUCACCUUUAAAUCUCCACAGCUAAGCAAAUUUGCCUUUGUGUGCCACUUGUGUGUGGUGGACCUCCUGUCUGCCAUCUUGCUCAUGCCCCUUGCUUUUGUUUCCAGUUCACCAUUUUUCCGUGACGCAGUGUUUGGCUUCCCAGAAUGCCAGAUCUUCAUCUUCUUAAAUGUCUGCUUGAUAUGUGCGUCCAUCCUUACCGUCACCGCCAUCAGCAUUGAGAGGUACUAUUAUAUCAUCCAUCCGAUGAGGUACGAGGUGAAGAUGACCCUCCGGCUUGCUGUCGCCAUCAUCGUGUUCAUAUGGAUAAAGUCGGUUUUAUUGGCUUCUGUUCCUUUGCUGACUUCUCCGGCUUCCAAAAGUCAAAAUGGCACAAACACCAAUCACUGUCCCUUGGACUGGCGCUCCACCGAUUACAGGAGAGUUUUCAUUGUGGCCUUCAGCAUCUUUUGCUUCUUCUUGCCAGUUGUAAUCCUCACGGUUGUCUAUUGCAGCAUCUUCAAGGUGGCGAGACUGGCAGCUCAGCAGCGCCACCCUUUUCCUUCCUGGGCAUCUGCCCCAAAGACUCGCUCAGACUCCAUCAACAGCCAGACGACCAUCAUUGCCAGACGGAGCUUCCCACACCGACUGUCUGCAGAGCGAGUCCUAGGGAGCAGUAAGGCGGCGCUCACCUUGGUCAUCACUGUGGGACAGUUCCUGCUCUGCUGGUGCCCCUAUUUUGCCAUGCACCUCCAUUCCCUCAUGGCUGGCGAGUCCAGAGCCCCCAGCAGUGUGGAGAUGGCCACCCUCUGGCUGGCAUAUUCCUCCUUUGCCCUGCAUCCUUUUCUCUAUGGACUGUUGAAUCGGCAGAUAAGACAGGAGCUGGCAAAGCUCAGGCGAUGCUACGUGUCUGACCCGUCGGAGCUGGGCCUGCCCAGCCGUGAAGGCUCCGUCCACGAGAACGUCCAUCAGUUCUUGCAAAGGUCUGGAUGCACGGCUGAAGCUCAGUCGAGCUGUGCCACCGUCAGCCCCGGGAUCAACGGCACCUGGGAUACACAGAGGGUUCGGAUUCCCGGUCAGAUCCCGGAGGAGUUCAUUUAAAACACGGUGGCGUCCCGUGGGCCUGAUGAGGAGGUCAGCCAGCACUGUAGGAUAGGUGGGAGGGCAAGGUCUGAGCUUUGGGGGGGUCUGCAUCCUUUAAAAAAGGACAAGUCGGUGUUUGAUUAAUUACAAGACACGGGGGGCACAGGGGGGGCAACUGAAAUCAAACGAGGCCUCCGAGGCGGGACUUCUGACUCUGGGUGUCGUGUCAUGCAAGAGGCACAAAGAAUACGGGGAUGAGAUCCCUUUAGAUCAUCGGGCCAGAUUACUGAGGUGACCUCUCUGGUAAAUUAAAGUCUUUAAAAUCUGCAAUAUUAUUAUAUUAU